ACCUGUUCUCUAACAUCCCGUGUCAGUGUGUCACCGACCUCAUGUUCCAAUGCCACGACCACGCACGAAGCCGUUCUUUCAAUCCUUCUCCGUGUCCAAUCCUAAAAUCCAACGACGAUUAUUCUCCUCCAGAAAAUUGUUUUAAAUCCCCCAAAAUACCACCACCACACCACAUCGCCUCAUUCCAUCCAUUUCUUCUCGUAGAAAAAAUCGCAAAAAAAAAACACGUUAGGAAAAAGAAAAAAAAAAGAAGCACACGCGAAAAGUGGAAGAGAAAAAGGAUUAAAAAAGCCGCGGAAAAAAUACAAUUUAGCCGGAGAAGGUAGAGACGUUACGGCGCCGGUGCCGCGCACGGCAGAGCAACCAACUCCGGCGAGGACGCAGCGGCCUACGCCUAUUUAAACCUCGCCGGUGCUCGCCGAGGCGGCGGACUCUCUCACCGGCGAACGCGGAAUCGGAAUCUGAAUCGGGCGGUGGGGGUGGAGGGGAGGGAUAGAGGGGGUUUGACGAGAGUGGAGAAUGCCGACUCCGGCGGCGCUGCUCCUCACCGCGGCCACCGGCUCGGCGGCGCUGUCGGUGGGCGUGGCGGCGGUGGGGCCCAGGGCGCCGUCGCUGCUUCUGCGGUCGGCGUCGGCCACGAGGAGGGCCCCGGGGCGGGCGAGGCCGACGAGGAUCCGCGCCGCGGCGGCGAUCGGGGGAGAGUUCGGCGGGCUGGCCCAGCGGCGCGCCCUCGCCGGGGAGUUCAUCGAGCGGCUGCGGAACGUGCUGCCCGGGGGAAGCUGGUGGCGCCUCGAGGACGGCGAGGAGGCCGGGGGCGGCCGCGCCGAGGCCAGCGGCGCCACGGCCGCCUCCGCGCUCAGGCGGAUGUGGGCGCUCGUCGCCUCCGACCGAUGGGUUGUCUUCGUCGGAUUCGCGUCCCUCGUCGGCGCUGCGCUCGCGGAGAUCGCGAUACCCCAUCUCCUCGCAGCGUCCAUCUUCUCGGCGCAGAACGGAGGGGCUGUGUUCUACCGGAACGCUAAGCUUCUGGUUGUUCUGUGUUUGAUUUCCGGAGUGUUUAGUGGUGUGCGAAGCUGCUGUUUUGGUGUUGCAAACAUGAUAUUGGUCAAACGAAUGAGAGAAAUGCUGUUUGAUUCUAUUCUUUCUCAGGACAUUGCUUUUUUUGAUGAAGAAACUGUUGGUGAUUUGACAAGUAGGCUUGGUUCUGACUGCCAGCAAGUGUCACGAGUCAUUGGCAAUGAUCUUAAUCUUAUCUCACGCAAUUUGCUUCAGGGUGUAGGCGCACUAAUUUAUCUGCUAGUCUUAUCUUGGCCACUUGGAAUGUGCACUAUGUUGAUUUGUGCGACAUUGUCGACCAUUAUGCUAGUUCAUGGACGGUAUCAGAAAAGAGCAGCCAAAUUUGCACAGGAGUUCACUGCAAGUGCCAACAAUGUUGCUCAAGAGGUGAUAAGUUUGGUUCGGACAGUACGGGUUUAUGGAACAGAAAAGCAGGAGUUUAAAAGAUAUGCAAAGUGGCUAGAUAAGCUAUAUGAUGUAAGCUUUCGGCAAACAAUGGCUUAUGGAGGCUGGAGCUUGAGUUUGAACUAUCUAUACCAUUCUACUCAGGUCAUUGCAGUGUUGAUUGGAGGGAUAUCCAUCAUGGCUGGGAAGCUAACUGCUGAGCAACUGACAAAAUUCAUACUCUAUGCUGAGUGGCUAAUUUUGUCAACAUGGUGGAUUGGAGACAACUGGUCCUCUCUGAUGCAGUCUGUUGGAGCAAGUGAAAAGGUCUUCCGUUUGAUGGAUCUACUUCCUAGCAGACAGCUUAGUUCUGAAGGCCACAGGUUACAGAAGUUGGAAGGCCGGAUUCAGUAUGCCGAUGUAUCAUUUUCAUAUCCAUCAAGACCUACGGUACCAAUUCUGGGUGGAUUGAAUCUAACACUUCAUCCAAAUGAAGUAGUUGCAAUUGUUGGUCUUAGUGGAAGUGGAAAGAGUACUGUAGUUAACCUACUACUUCGGCUAUAUGAACCUACAGAUGGGCAAAUAUUAGUAGAUGGUGUCCCACUCAGUGAGCUUGACAUCAGAUGGUUCAGGGAAAGGAUUGGUUUUGUUGGACAGGAACCUAGGCUAUUCCGAAUGGAUAUUAGUUCUAAUAUUAGGUAUGGUUGUCCAAGAGAAGUUAGCAAUGAAGAAGUGGAGUGGGCUGCAAAGCAGGCAUAUGCUCACGAUUUCAUAAUGUCUCUCCCUGAUGGUUAUAACACCAUUGUCGAUGAUGCUCUUCUUAGUGGAGGCCAAAAGCAACGCGUUGCUAUUGCGAGGGCCCUUCUUAGGGACCCAUCCAUCUUGGUAUUAGAUGAAGCCACUAGUGCACUUGAUGCUGAGAGUGAACAUUAUGUGAAGAAUGUAAUCACAAAGUUUAGUACUGAUCCUAAGGCUAGAAGAACCGUGAUCAUCAUAGCUCACAGACUAUCUACAAUUCAAGCGGCUGAUAGAAUUAUCGUGAUGGAAAAUGGUAAUAUUGUGGAGGAUGGAAACCACAGCGAGCUUAUUAAUAAGCACGAUGGUUUGUAUUCCAGAUUAGCUAGGCGACAAAACGACGCCCUCGAUUAGUCCUGAAUUCACAGAGAUUGGUCUACUCCACACCAUUUUUUUUCAAGUGGAACGGCAGGCAAGGAGAGUUCUUAGUAAUUGGUGUAUUCUUUACGAGUGACCCUGACCGUGGUGGCCAAACAGGUGAAACUGGAUAGUUUACAAAUGAUGAUAACUAAUCAAACUAAGAAGUUGUUUCCCACCAUAAAACGGGUCGGUAGUAUGGAGGAUCCGGGAACCUGUAACUGCAAAUGAUUCUUUACAGAAGUCAAAUAGUUAUACAUGUCAUCAGGCGCAACCUGUAAUACAAAUGUAUAGGCAUUCUGAUCAGAGUCAAGACCAUCGGAAAUCAUAACUUAUAUACUCUGCAGGGAAAGUUUACUCCAGUUUUGACAAUUUGCAUAGAGCAUUACACUGUAUACUUAUUUCUCAAAUUGUAUACUUACAAUUUGUAUACCUGUGUGACCGUGUCACGAUAAACAGACAUUAUUUUUCGAA